UCCAAUUAAGCGUCCCAAGUCUAACUCAUCUGGACAAUCAUGGCUUGUAAAGGAAUGAAUGCAUCUUUUAUAGACCUUAACACCCAAAAGAAAAAAUGCUCUAGGUUUAAAAGUGCAAAGGAAAGUCCAUCCGUACGGAGUGAAGUCAACGAGCAGAGUCUUCCUAGUGAUGCUCCUUAGAUGUUUCACCAGCAAUUUUUCAAUGUCUGCUAUGGGAAACUUAUCAAGAACUUAUUUUCUACUGAUGGUGCUCCUGUUCCUGAUGGACCUGUCAUUCACUGAUCAGAGGAGCCCAACGAGUCCCUACGUGAAGAGAUUCAAGCGUCAGAUCCGAGCAACCAAGACUGAGUUGACGAUCAGCAGUCUCCACAUCCAAUCUACCAUAGUGUCCCGCUAUGCUUUUACCAAGGUGCAGACUGUUAUGGUCAACCCUCAUGAUGAAUCUAAGGAGGCCAUCUUUGAUUUGGAGUUACCCAGCUCGGCAUUCGUAUCUAAUUUCACGCUGUAA